AGCAACAGACAAGAUAAAACCCAGAAGGCACGAGCAGAACACUGGUCAUAAUGAUUCCUCUGAGCCUUUCCCUGGCUGUAAUAUGUGUUUUGAGUAUUUGGAAUAUAGAAUACGCUGCAGGCUGUGGCAAUGGACAGGCUGAGAUAAAUGGGCGAUGCUGUGACCUGUGCCCCCCAGGUGAACAUAUGAAGGAAUUCUGCUCAGAGCACCAGAAAACUGUCUGUAUCCCCUGUGAGGAGGGCUACUACUCGAACCACUAUAACAUCUUUGACAGAUGUGAGAAAUGCCAGUCAUGCCAACAAGAAUAUGCUCAGAAAUGUACACCGACCACAAAUGCAAACUGUGCGUGCCGUUCUGGUUUCCUGUGCUCCAACAAUAUCUGUUCAAACUGUGAGGAAAACAAAUGCGUCAUGGGGGAGAAACCGAAGAGGACAGUCUCUUCCUCAGGUAAAGGAUUUAUAAAGUAUUCCUAUCAGUGUGAGCCUUCAUGCACUGAUAAUGCAUAUUUUGAUGCGAAAGAAGAUGUCUGCAAACCACGAACACAGUGCAGUGAAUUACGUCUUGCUGAGCAGUUUCCAGGGAACAAAACCCACAACGCAGUUUGUGUUGGAUAUGAGAUGCACAGAAAUGGUGGAGACUUCAUUCAUGUGUUCCUUGGCAUCGGAUUUGUUUUGCUUUCUCUCACCCUCCUUGUGUGUCUAUCUUAUACCUGUAUAAAGAACCUAAGGAAGAACAAAAUAUAUAAUAAUCCUAUCGAAAUCAUAACAGGCUCCACCAACACCAAUGACUUUCACCUGUCAAAGGAGGAGAGUGGGCUUGGGCUCAUCGUGCAGGAUGAAUCCAGGAACAGCAACAGUUUUGGCCUCCUGCAUCUGGAAAAAGUCACAAGUCUAAGAUGACAUGAUCAGUCUGUUCAACAAGCAGUACAAUAAUAUUGAAGUAGUACAAAGCAUCUUGCUCGGUAUCAGUACACAUUUAAAUCUAGAGAAACCUGUUAAGGUUAGAGAUGGGCUUGAAAGAUCCCUGGUUCGAUCUCCAGCAGGACAGAUCUAGGCAGUUGUCCCAUCCUCAUUACCACUGUUGAGGUGCCCUUGAGCAAGGCGCUUAACCUCCAUCUGAAAUAGUAAAUAUUAAUGUGAAAAUCUAAAGGAUUAACAACUGUGUCCACUGUACACUUGCUGUUUCAUAACAAUGCUCUAAGGAGGACUGGGGUGUGACUGUAAAGAUUAUUUUGUAAAUCUUCUGAAGUCUAUGAAUAAAUAGAUGUUUUUACAUUU